CGACAGACCAGCCACCACAGAUUCUAAUGCGCUGACAGCAGGACGCAUCGCAUUGAUUUUGUACUCUUCACAGCUGUAGCUCUGCGUAUAAACCUAUAAAAGACCUCUGUAUCUUUGUGCCGCGGGACAGAGCUCUGCAGACAUGAGCGACAAUGAGUUUGACGACGAAGAGCUGGCGAGCUCUAUCUCCUCUUCGCCAACCAUCCCAGACGAAAACAUAGACUUCAAUUUUGUCUAUGCGCUGCACACUUUCCUAGCCACGGUCGAGGGACAAGCAACAUGCCAAAAGGGCGAUACACUUGUCUUGCUCGACGACACCAAUUCGUACUGGUGGCUCGUGCGCAACAUCAAGGAUCAAAGUAUCGGCUACCUUCCUGCAGAACAUAUCGAGACACCUCCAGAACGGCUAGCGCGUUACAACAAGCACAGAAAUGUUGGCGAAGGUGCCAGUCAUUUGGAUGAUAUUGUGCAAGCCGCCCCAAAGCCCAGCAAAUUCAGUCUGCGCAGAAAUCGUAAGGCCUCAAGGGGUGUGGCUUUUGCAGCGCCGACUGUUGUCGUCUAUGAUGUUUACUAUGAUACCGACGAAGAGCGCGAGCUAGAAGAAGCAGAAGCAGAGCAAGCUAGAGAAGCACAAAACGCUCAAUCUCCACAAGCGACAAUUCGUCAUGUCACCAAUGGCACUGCAGACGUCGACUUGCAAUCAGCAGACUUGUCCUUCACGAGGCCAACAAAGAAGCUGACCCUGACUCCUGAGUAUGCCAAGAGCCAAGCGACAGAGCGUGGCGAGACUGAAGAACCUAAUGCACCGAUUGCCCGUCAGCCUAGCCACAACAGCAGCGGCAGCCAAGGAUCCAUCGGUUCAGUCAAGUCAAUAUUGUCGGACAACUCUUCAAAAGUCGAAUCUCCAAAGGACAAGAAGAAGAAGAACGUCUUUGGCAGCCUUUUCAAAAAGAAAAGCAGAAAGGAGGCACUAACGGAGUCGACUGAAAUUUCCACGCUCGGUGCAGCUCGGUACGGUGCAAAAGAGUUUGAGCCAGUUGAUGCGCCUCCAAACUUGGUCUCUGAAGCGCCAAUUGACAAGAGCUCCUCAAAAGAUACAACUGCCAAUCUGCAUUUGCCACCGACUCAAUUACAGUCUCAGCCACCUGCAGCCCGAGCGGCCCAAGAACAAGCUGUGGUGGAAGAUGCUCUCGCUGAGCACAGGGUGUCCAGAGACAUUGAACUGCCUGCGGGCGUCCAAGAGAUGCGUUCUUCGAAACUAAUGUCGAUCGAUCCCGUCAAAGCAGACUUCAUUGAUGAGCCUCGCCACAGGGGGGUUGUCGAUGAGAUGGAGAUGCUCGAGACACGGCGCAGUUCCUCGCAGCUCGUGCAGCACUUAGAUCCAGCCAUCACUGACGCAGCUCUCGCGUCGCAUGUGAAGGACGACAAAUUCUACAAGACGUUCAUGCUCAUCAUCCAAGACCAGGCUCGGCAUCAGGUAGCUCAACAGUCCAUGAGACAUCAGCCGGCAAUUGUCACUGCAGCUUUCGAGCCACUUGACAGGAAGAUAUCAGAGAUUCUCCGGGUAUGCUUGCUUCGUUUCUACAUUGCUAACUUUUAGAAUCUCGACAAUCUCCUCGAGCAAUCCAAGGCACCGGUCAAAGUUCAAGCGAAGAUUUAGCGCAUCGUCUGCAUCAUCUCGUCCAGUAAGCUGCAUAAUGACGCCAUGCUUGUCCACCCCUCCUGUCCAUUUUGUUGCAUAGCUUGUUUGU